AUGUCCGGCUACGACCAAUACAACCAGGGCCACGGCCAGCAAGGUUAUGGCCAGCAAGGCUACGGCCAACAGCAAGGUUACGGUGGCCAACAAGGUUACGGUGGUCAGCAAGGUUACGACCAGCAGCAACAGUACGGCCAGCAUCAAGGCUACGGUGGACAGCAAGGCUAUGGCCAGCAGCAGGGUGGUUCUUCUGACUACUACGCCGGUCAGCAACACCAGCAGCAGGGCUACGGCCAGCAGCAGGGUGGUUCAUCUGAUUACUACGCCGGCCAGCAACACCAGCAGCAAGGCUACGGCCAACACGACCAGAACCGCCAGGGUGGUUAUGAACAGCAGCAGGGUGCCCCCGGUGAGGCCCAGGAGGGCGAGCGUGGUCUUGCCGGUGCUCUCGCCGGUGGUGCCGCCGGUGGCUUCGCUGGCCACAAGGUUAACCACGGUUUCCUCGGAACAAUCGGUGGAGCCAUUAUUGGUAGCAUCGCUGAAGAUGCCGUCAAGAAGCACCGAAAGAGCAACAGCCAGUCUCCUCCUCAGUACGGUGCCCCCCCUCCCAACGGUCAAUAUGGCGGCCCUCCUUCCAACAGCGGCAGCGGCUCCAUGAUGGAUCAGCUCGGUGGCUUCUUCAAGAAAUAG